AUGGAUAAGGUUCCCAUUCGAGUUGACGGAAGAUUCAGGCUAGGAGACAUUUUGGGAUCCGGCUCAUAUGCUGUCGUGUAUCGUGCACGGAACAUCAUAAAGAAUGACGCAGUUGCCAUCAAACUUGAACCCAUCACCCAUUCAUCAUCUGUCCAGCACGAAUACAAUAUUUUGAAACACCUUGAAGGUGGUGUUGGUAUUCCUCGUGCCCUCUGGUUCGGUAGGGAGUCGACAUAUCAUGCUCUCGUUCUCGAUCUCCUUGGGCCAUCCUCACACCGAAAAUUCAGCCUUGAGACUGUCAUAAAUCUAGGGGAUCAGCUGCUUUCAUGUCUCGAAUACGUUCACUCGCACAAUUAUAUUCACGGUGACAUUAAACCACAAAACGUUGUUCUGGGUCUUGGCGAUUUGAGGCACACCGCCUUCAUCAUUGAUUUUGGUAUCGCGAAGGAAUUCUGGAAUAUGACAACCAGUGUCCAUAUACCGUUUCGCCAAGGUCAACGUCUCACUGGCACUCCUGCGUUUGCAUCAAUCAACAAUCACCUGGGAGUUGAACCAGGUCGUCGUGACGACCUCGAGUCACUUACGUACAUGUUGAUAUACUUCUUGCAGGGCUCCCUUCCUUGUUCUUCCAUACUCGAGCGCAAAGUAAACACCACUAUCGAAGAUCUAUGCCGUGGAAUCCCUGUCGAAUUUGCAACAAUGCUCAUUUACACGCGCUCUCUCGCAUUCUCAGAGGAACCCGACUACAAUCACCUUCGUUCAUUACUUCACACACUUCUUUGCGUCCACGAAAUGACUCCCUGUUGCAUCAUGUACCCACUUCAACUCCACGCCGGAAACAAGCUAGAUCGUGAUACUGUCGGAUACCUGUAG